GCCAUUUCGCCUCCACUGUGGCGGAAAUAUCUCCUCCGCUUAAACCCCCACAUCGCCCUAGCCGCCGCCUUCCCCUUCCUACCUCGCCGCCGCCGCCACCGCCGCCGCCAUGGCCGCCGCCGCCGCCGCCAUCCGCCGCCCGCUCCUCCGCUCCGUCGCCUUCUCCUCCUCCAGGUCCCGCUCCCUCCUCCACCUCCUCUCCCGCCCCCUCUCCUACUCCUACCCCCCUUCCGCCUCCCCCAACCAUCUCCACCACCCCCACCAGCAGCAGUGGCAGCCAUCGCUCCGCUCCGCCUCCGCCGCCGAAGGACCUCCUCCCCAGUGGUCUCCUCCCGGAAACUACCACCAGCAGCAGGCCCCUCCCCCUGCGCGCCACUACUACGGCCCCCCGCAGCAUCAGCCUCGCUACAACUACGGCCCUCCGCAGCCACAGGCGCCGCCGCCGCCGCGCAACGACUACGGGCCACCGCCGCCGCCGCCGCAGCAGCAGCAGCAGCAGCGGGAGGCUGUGGUGGGGCCAGGGGAGCUGAUCGGGCUCGGACGGGAGGGGCGAGUCAAGGAGGCGGUGGAGAAGCUCGACAAUGGGGCGCGCGCCGACCCGCAGUGCUUCUACGAGCUCGCCGCGGCUUGCUCCAACCCCAAGCUGCUCGAGGAGCUCAGGAAGAUCCACGACUUCUUCCUCCGCUCGCCCUUCCGCGCCGACCUCCAGGUCAACAACAAGAUGCUCGAGAUGUACGCCAAGUGCGCCGCCAUGAACCACGCCCGCAGGACGUUCGACCAUAUGCCUGACCGGAACAUGGACUCCUGGCACAUCAUGAUCGAUGGCUACGCGGUGAACGGGCUCGGGGACGUUGCGCUGCAGCUGUUCGAGGAGAUGAAGACCAAGUAUGGAAUUGCACCGACCGCCCACACUUUCACGCUCGUGCUCAAUGCCUGUGCCAACUCGGAGGCCAUUGAGGAGGCAUUCCUGUACUUUGAUGCCAUGUCCAGGGAUCAUGGCAUUGAGCCUGGUGUGGAGCACUAUGUUGGGAUCAUUGAGGUUUUGGGGAAGUCGGGGCAUCUCAACGAGGCUGUGGAGUACAUCGAGAAGCUUCCGUUUGAGCCCACUGACACGGUGUGGGAAUCGCUCUUGAACCUUGCGCGCAUGAAUGGAGACAUUGACCUUGAGGAUAGGGCAGAGGAGUUGCUGGUCUCGCUCGAUCCAACCAAAGUUAAUCCUAAGAAGCUCCCUACUCCACCUCCGAAGAGGCGCCUUGGGAUUAAUAUGCUUGAUGGGAGGAACAAGCUGGUAGAGUACAGGUUGCCGCCCAAGAUCGAAAAGAAGGUGGUGAACGAACAGCGGUAUGUCCCAGACACAAGGUAUGUUCUCCAUGACAUUGAUCAGGAGGCAAAGGAGCAGGCACUGCUGUACCAUAGUGAGAGGCUAGCGAUUGCCUAUGGUUUGAUUAGCACCCCAGCAAGGACUCCACUUCGCAUCAUUAAGAACCUCAGGAUCUGUGGAGACUGCCACAAUGCUAUCAAGAUCAUGUCGAGGAUUGUAGGGAGAGAGCUUAUCGUAAGAGAUAAUAAGCGCUUCCACCAUUUCAAGGAUGGGAAGUGCUCUUGUGGUGAUUAUUGGUGAACAUGGCUUUUGUUCAGCUGAAUACAAUGGUCUGAAAUUGCCAAUACGAUGUAUUGAGCACUUCUUUUUUCUUAUUAUUAGGAUUGCAGCCAUCCUAUAUGAAUAUAUGCUGGCAGCCAUGCUUUUAGCGCAUAAACAAUAUCCAGUUAUCUGAUGGUAGUGUUAGUACUCCUGUUAUCCAUCUCAUUAUGAUCAUGAAGAUGAAUGUGAUGCUUUUAUUCUUGAUGGCCUA